AUGGCCAGGAACAGGCUGAACAAAGAAUGGCAAGAAGUGAGAAGGAACCCCGACCCGGAUAUUUCUUUGGAGCUGGCUGGCGACAGCUUCGAGCAGUGGCAUGCGACCAUCAAGGGUCCACAGGAUUCACCGUAUGAGGGUGGACACUUCAAGCUGGACAUCGUCUGCACGGCGAACUAUCCGUAUGCUGCACCUCAGGUGAGCUUUGCGACCAAGAUCUUCCACCCGAACGUGAAUUACAACACCGGCGAGCUUUGCCUGGACAUAGUGAAGACAGACUGGAGCCCGGCAUGGACGUUGCAGUAUGUCUGCCGGGCUGUCAUUGCCCUGCUGCGGGACCCAAACCCGGAGAGUCCUCUGAACUGCGAUGCCGGAAAUCUCUUGAGAAACGGGGAUCUGAGAGGAUUUCGGUCGAUGGCACGAAUGUACACAACUGAACAUGCCAUGGCCGUGCAAAGCCCGAGUGCACUUAUCGAAAGGGCCCCGAACUUUGCAUUGCUGUCACGACGUGGCCCGUUUGCUGGGCACUGUUGGUUUGCCGAUGGCCUUUUCCUUUGUCCAACCGUGAAGGUUGCUGCUGAUAUUGCACGGCAGUACAGCUCGGCCAUACGCUACAUUACGCUAUUGCUUGUCUUCGAAAUUCGCUCCCGGCUGACUUGUGGGACGACGACGGUAGUCACCGUCUUGGCUCUUGUUCCUUUGUUCUUUGCGGUGCACCGCCGCGGCGGCUCUUUCAGGAGACUUCACCAGCUCAUCCAAAAGUUGAAUGACAAGCCUGUCACAGAUCAGAUGCAGAUUUGGGCUGAAGAAAGCUCGCAGAUGAUGCGGAGCUGGAGGAGCAAUGCUCAGUUUGCAACUUCGGCACUGAAAGCUCUCACACGGCAGCACCUCACAUCGAUUGCCAUCUUUACUUUGUCACUCAUGACGGACCGAAGUGUUGAGACCAACAUUGUGCACUACACCACAGUUGUAUCGGCCCUUGCGAAGCGAUGUUUCUGGGAAGUCGCCUUGAGCGUCGUAGAGAGUUUGCCGCCUGGAAUCUCAGCAAAUUCCUUCACCUUCAACAGCCUGGUCAGUGCUUGCUCCGGUGGCAGCGAAUGGGCAAAAGCAUUGCAUCUAUGCGAAGAAAUGCGACAUCUUGGCGUCCUGCCUGACAGCAUUACGAAAAAUGUGAUACUCAGUGCGUGUGAGAAGGGCACUCAGUGGAGCCUGGCCUUGAGCCAAUGCGCUGGACAGUCUGGACAGGGGGACCUGUCUCAAACGACAAUCAGAUUUAAUUCUGCCUUGGCAGCACUGCAAGCUUGUCAGAGCUGGAAACUGGCUGUGCUGGGAUUUAACUCGAUGCGAUCGUCUCGUGCUUGCCCAGAUGAGUACUCGUGCAGUACAUGCAUCAACUCUUGCCAACAUUCGUGGCAGUUGGCCGCCAACGGCCUGGAAGCACUGUUCAGAUCAGGACUGUUUCCCAACGAUGUUGUUUAUGGCGCCGCUCUAAACUCAUGUGAGAAGAACAGUGCCUGGUCUAUGGCAUUGCAGAUGUCGAAUGACAUUCAGACAAGAAGAAGUCUUUCCAAUCAGUACAUAUAUAAUUCUGUCAUAAGCGCGGUGGACAAGGCAGGCCAAUGGACAUAUGCAGUGGAGCUUUUCGACGAGAUGCCACGCCACACGGCUCACGAUGCGGUCACUUGCACCGUACUGAUCAGUGCCUGUGGAACAAGAAGUUGGACCUGGGCCCUGGCAGUGUUACACGGAAUGUCUGAACGAUCCAUAGUCCCGACCGCUGCGACCUACAAUGCAGUACUGAAGGCGUGCUCCUCCAACGGCCUGGACACCACCUUGAAAGUUUGGACCGCCAUAAAGGGCCUGGAUCACCCGCAGUUUCCUGAUGUGCUGACCUACAACAUCAUGAUAAGCGCCUGCAGCGAUGAAGGUGCAUGGCAGUUCGGCCUUGAGUUCUUGAGCGAGAUCGCUUGGCAGGGGUUGACAGCUGAUGUUGUUACAUUCAACUCAGCUAUCAGCGCUUGCGAGAAGCUGGGACACUGGCAGGUUGCACUGGACCUGGUGACAGAGAUGCUCAGCCUCGCCGUGCUUCCUAACGGUGUGACCUUCAGCGCGGCAAUAAGUGCUACUGUGCAAGCAAGCAAGUGGCAGGAGGCAAUGUACUUGUACAGCAGGCUGGUGCAAACAGAGCUGCCUACUGUGAUUGCUUGCAAUUCCAUGUUGGCAGCUCUGGGGUCCUCCAGCCAGUGGCAACGUUCUUUGAAGUUUUUGUCCAGCAUGCCCGAGUAUGAUCUGCAGGCUGACACUAUUACAUAUAGUGAGGUGUUGACAGCCUGCCAAAGAAGUCUGCAAUGGCAGCACGUGCUGGAGGUUGUCCAGCUACUGCAAGGCCAUUGUGCUUUAGAUGCUCAAGUUUGUGCUUCGGCCAUUGGUGCUUGUGCGUUGAGUGCGCAAGCAGAAGAUGCAGUCCGUCUUCUUGAAACUUUGUCUCAGACCGUGUGUCUCUGA